AUGUUCUUCAACCGUCUCUCCGGCCUCCUGGCCGCGGCCACAGCUCUCGUCGGCUCGGUCGCCGGCUACGCCAACCCCGGGUCCUGUUCUGGGAGCUGCUGGGCCCACGAUCCUUCCGUCAUACAGCGAACCAGCGAUGGUGUCUACUUUCGUUUCAACACGGGCAGUCUGAUUGGUAUCUGGAAGUCGAGCGCUCUGGAAGGCCCCUGGACGUAUCAAGGAGCAGCCAUUCCUGCUGGUAGCAUCAUCAACCUGGCUGGCAAUGAUGACCUUUGGGCUCCCGAUGUCCAAAAGGUCGGCGAUACGUACAUCAUGUACUAUGCCGUCUCAACCUUUGGUUCUCAGAGCUCUGCCAUCGGUUAUGCAACCUCCACAACCAUGGAGUACGGCUCCUGGACCGACCAUGGCGCGACCGGCAUCUCCUCUACAUCGGCCAAGCCGUACAAUGCCAUUGACCCGAACCUGAUCGCCGUGGGCUCGUCGUACUACAUGAACUUUGGCUCCUUUUGGGGCGACCUGUACCAGGCGCCUAUGGCGAGCAACGCGCACACGGCCGCGUCGUCGUCGUACCAGAUUGCCUACCAGCCCUCGGGGUCGCACGCCCAGGAGGGCUCCUUCAUGUACUACCGCUCGGGCUACUACUACCUCUUCUGGAGCGAGGGCAUCUGCUGCGGCUACGACACGAGCAAGCCCGCCUCGGGAGCCGAGUACAAGAUUCGCGUCUGCCGCUCCACCAGUGCCACGGGCGGCUUUGUUGAUGCUUCGGGUACCAGCUGCUUGAGUGGCGGCGGCACCACUGUCCUUGCGAGUCACGAUUAUGUCUACGGACCUGGUGGACAGGGUGUCUUUGCUGACAGCACGCAUGGCACCGUGUUGUACUACCACUAUGCGAAUACCAACAUUGGCCUUGGUGAUGGGGAUUAUCAGUUUGGCUGGAACGUCGUUAGCUGGUCGACCGGCUGGCCCGUCGUCUAA